AUGCAAGUUGAAGUCAACCCCAACGAAGAUACAGAAUGGAACGACAUUCUCCGCAAACACGGAAUCAUCCCAGAGAAGCCUCAAGAUCCGGAGCCGCUCAUCCAGGAAGCGCUCGUCGAAGCCGAGCGCAAAGCGCACGAGAACCGACUCGAGGAUAAGGACAUCGAAGAACUAGACGAGCUAGAGGAUAUCGAGGAUGAAUCAUUUCUGAACCAAUACCGACAAAAGCGCCUCGCGGAACUAAGCACAAUAACACAAGCCUCAGUGCACAACCAAGUCUACGGUCUGCAAAAGCCCGACUUCACGCGGGAAGUCACCGAAGCGUCGAAAAACUGUGUUGUCUGUCUGAACCUUACCUCUUCCUCGAGCAACAACGCCGAGUCGCGGCUUCUCACCGAGAUAUGGAGGCGAUUGGCGGCAAAGUAUGGCGAUAUCAAGUUCUGUGAGAUGCGUGGGAACAUGUGUAUUGAGGGGUAUCCGGACCGCAACACGCCGACAAUCCUGGUGUAUAAGAAUGGCGAGAUUGCGAAGCAGUAUGUAACGCUUAUGGCGCUUGGUGGGACAUCGACGAGGGUUGAUGAUCUUGAGAAUAUGCUUGUUGAGAUUGGUGCACUUAAGGAGAGCGAUGUUCGAUUGAAGAAGAGCGGAGAUGAUGAUUCUGAGGAUGAACGACCAUCGAAGCCAAAGUCGAGUAUUAGGCAGACUACUGCUGCUGUGGACAACGAUGACGAUGAUUGGGAUUAA